CAUUUCUUAACUGUCAAUAACAAACAGAUGCUUUUAUUGACAUAAUGGUGUGUUAUGAAAACACAAUUCCCAAGUUGGUAUAAUUUCGCUGUGGAAAAAUGAAUAUUCAUUAAAUAGCGUAGAAAAUACAGAAUCAUUAGCAAUGGAGUGUGAAGUGCCUCGUAGACCACAUACUGUUGGAGCGUUGCCAAAAGUAUGGACACAGUCCCCAUUAAUCAUGAAUCUUUUAGACGAAAUUGAAAAUGAGGCUAAAGGACCUGUUUCCAGACCUAAAUCGCCACAGAAGAACUAUAUGAAAGAAAAUUUAAAGAGAUUGAAAGAAAUCCAAGCUCAAGCAAAGAAAAAGCUUGCAGAAAAGCAACCUUUGAGGCCUCUUAGAGUUCCCAAUCAUUAUCGUGAAGUACAGUCUAAAAUACUGAUAAAUCCUAGUCAAUCAAAUGGAAAAAAAGCAGAUGAAAAUUUAUACACUAAUCCACCUAAAACUGCUGGUUUUCAUCGAAGUCAGCCUCCUCUUUCUCCUUGUUUAAGACCAAAGUCUGAGAGGUUAAGUGUUCCACAACAGUAUAGGUCCCUUCCUGAUUUAAAUCAAUCUGAAGAUAAUGACCAGAAUUUAGAGAUAGUGAAUAAAGAUAUGAAAACUCCUAGAAGUGAUAUCAUAUCUGAAAAAAAUUCUCAUAGUUUAACUAGUUCAAAAAGAAAACCAGAAAUGCCUCAUCGUUUAGGUCAAAUUCCUAACUACUUAACAGAAAGGAAGAAGCAGUGGGAAUUGGAAAGAGAAAGGCAACUCAAACUUAGAGAAGAAGCAAGUAUUCCAAAAGGUUAUACUUUGCUUCCUGAUGAGGAGAGAAUUGAAACACUAGAACUUUUGAAAAAAAAUCAAGAAGAAAUAAUUCAGAGCCUUGCAGUGUUGCCAGUACGGAAUGACACAGUAAGACUAAGAAGUUACAAAGAAGAAUUAGAGCGUCAAUUAGCAAAAGUAGAAGAAGGUAUUAAAAUAUUUUCAAGACCAAAAGUUUUGAUAAAAAAUGACACAUAGCUAUAUAAUUAAAAGAAAUAUCUUGACUGACUUCUUUAUAUUAUGAGAAACACUCAUAAUGUUUGAAUGUUUUUAUAAUUAUUUAUUGGCAUGUUCAAUAAUGUGUAUGAAUGUUUGAUGUAUUAGCUGUUGGAAGAUAUAGAUGCAUCCUGUUUUUGGUUGUUGUUUAUGA